AUCUGAUAACCAUCUUUAACAAAACUAAAUAUUCAAAGUUGAAACCAAAAAAUAAAAAUCCUCAAAACUAAUGGCAACAUCAAAUCUGAAGCCAGCGUUGGCCUACGUAGUUGUGUACGUAAAAGACGUAGCCAAAUCUGUUGAUUUCUACGCCAAAGCUUUUGGGUACCAUGUCCGUCACCUAGACAACUCUCACAGAUGGGGAGAAUUAGAAAGUGGGCAGACCACCAUAGCUUUCACUCCGAUCCACCAACAUGAGACUGAUGACCUGAGUGGUACUGUGAGGACUCCUCAUGUUGGCCGGGAACGAGCUCCUCUUGAAGUUUGCUUCGCCUAUCCUGAUGUUGAUGCUGCUUAUAAGAGGGCGGUGGAGAACGGUGCGGUGGGAGUGAGUGAGCCGGAGGACAAAGAAUGGGGGCAGAGAGUUGGAUAUGUGCGUGAUUUAGAUGGAAUUGUCGUGAGGGUGGGAAGCUUUGUUUCCAAACCGGCCAAGCAAGAUUGAUUUUCAUUUAUAUAUUUUUCUACGCAUAAUGGAUUUAUGUUUCAAACUAAAAUAAUUUUAAGAAAUAGCUAGUGUUAAGUGAACAUGUAAAAUUGUUGUGGUUGUAAAAAUGACAUAUAAUUAAACAAUUUUCGAGAGAUGUUAAUUGGUAUUUUUGAUGCGAUGCAAAUGUGAGUUUGA